GUUCGGUGGUCAGCCAGUUCUUCGACGCCCGCGCCGACAUUCGCAACAAAGAAAGACUGAGAGGAAAAAAGAGUUAUUCGCGACCAUCUCGAUAGCUUAAGCCGGCGGGCGUGUUUGAAGAGAUGGCUCCAGCGGUGGACGAGCAAGUGCCCUCAGGGCUGGCACCUUGCGAGAAGCCUGACGACAUCGUUAUCACUGGCAUGUCUGGCAGGUUUCCCGAGUCCAACAGCGUCUAUGAGUUCAGGGACAACCUUUACAACAAGGUAGACAUGAUUACCCAGGAUGCUCGCAGAUGGGAUAUUGAUCAUAACGAGAUUCCGCGUCGCAUCGGUAAAAUCAGGGACCUGGAGAAGUUCGAUGCGUCUUUCUUUGCUGUGCACUACAAACAGGCGCAGACCAUGGAUCCCAUGUGCAGGAUUCUGCUUGAGUUGGCUUAUGAGGCGAUUGUCGAUGCUGGAGUAAACCCCCUAAGCCUGCGAGACACCAAGUGCGGCGUCUUCAUCGGCGCGUGUUUCAGCGAGUCGGAGAAAAUCUGGUUUUAUGAGAAGAUUCAGAUCCACGGCUUUGGCAUCACUGGCUGCAGCAGGGCUAUGCUUGCGAACCGAAUUUCCUACUGGCUUGGCAUCCACGGUCCAAGCUACGCAGUGGACACGGCCUGUUCAUCAAGUUUGUACGCGCUGGACCACGCAGUGCGAGCGAUUCGCAGCGGACAGUGCGAUGCAGCCAUCGUCGGUGGCUCAAACCUCACCCUCCACCCCUUCAUCUCACUGCAAUUCGCCAGACUCGGAGUACUCUCACCCGAGGGAAAGUGCAAGUCUUUCGACGCGGCAGCGGACGGCUAUGUGCGCAGCGAAACCGUGGCCGUGAUUUUCCUGCAGAAGGCCAAAGACGCACGCCGUAUUUAUGCAACGGUGAUGCACACAAAAACCAACUGCGACGGAUUCAAGGAGCAAGGCAUCACUUACCCGUCUGGAGUGCAGCAAGGAAUCUUACUGAAGGAAUUUUAUGAAGAGUGCCAAGUGCCACCAGAGAGCCUCGGCUACCUUGAGGCCCACGGAACUGGAACAAAAGUGGGGGAUCCAGAGGAACUGAAUACAAUCGACCGAGUCAUGUGCGCGAACCGCAAAGGGCCUCUGUUGGUUGGAUCUGUGAAAUCCAAUAUUGGGCACUCUGAGCCUGCGUCCGCGCUAUCUUCAGUUAUUAAAAUAGCUAUUGGAAUGGAGUAUGGAGUUAUUCCUCCCAAUCUACACUUCGUAAACCCACGACCAGGAGUGCCAGCCCUUGCUGAAGGCCGAAUUAAAGUGGUAUCAGAUCCAACGCCCUGGGACGGAGGAUUCGCAGGAGUCAAUUCUUUCGGUUUUGGUGGUGCAAAUGCUCACGGGCUUCUGCGCUCUCACCCAGUGCAAAAACCAGAAAAAGACGCAGCCGUUUUAGAUGGAAGACCCCGACUGAUUGUUACCUCCGGAAGGACGAUAGAGGCGGUGGAAACAAUUUUAGCAGAAUUUGAAGACCGGCCAUUGGACAGCGAGUACGUCGCUCUUUUAAACAGCGUGCACGAAGAAAAGAUUCCAGGACACUUGUACCGCGGCUACUCGGUCCUGCAUGCAGGCAAGCAGGGUAAAUCCAAACUGCGCGAAGCCCAGCACUUUCCUGGCGCAAAACGCCCCAUUUGGUUUGUGUUCGCGGGCAUGGGCAGCCAGUGGGUCGGCAUGGGUCGCGACCUGCUGCACAUCCCGGCCUUCGCUAGAGCCAUCGACAAGUGUGACGCGGUGCUCAAGCCCAAGGGAAUCGACAUCCGUCACAUCAUCACCAGUGAUGACCCCAAAAUGUUUGACAACAUUCUCAACGCCUUUGUUGGCAUUGCAGCCGUGCAGGUUGGACUUGUCGACGUGCUCACAGAGACAGGAAUUUACCCUGACGGAAUUGUUGGCCACUCGGUAGGCGAACUGGGAUGUGCUUAUGCCGACGGCUGUUUCACUGGCGAGCAAAUGGUUCUGGCUGCUUAUUCACGUGGUCUGGCGUCUAUUGAAACUCCACUGAUCCAUGGUUCCAUGGCGGCAGUCGGUCUCGCCUACGAAAUGGCAGCUCCUAUGUGUCCACCUGACGUUGAAGUCGCUUGUCACAACGGAACUGACUCUUGCACAAUUUCUGGCCCAGCUGAGUCUGUUGCAAACUUCGUCGCCGAACUCAAGGCAAAGGAAAUUUUCGCAAGGGAGGUCGCGUGCUCCAAUAUUGCGUAUCACUCGCGCUACAUUGCUGACGCUGGUCCCAAGUUGCUCAAAUAUUUGAAAGAAGUUAUUCCAGAGCCAAAGCCACGCUCAGAAAAGUGGAUAAGUAGCUCGGUGCCAUUUUCAAAGUGGGAAAAAGAAGAGUCAAAGUACUCAUCUCCAGAAUAUCACACCAACAAUUUGCUGUGCCCUGUACUUUUUGCUGAGGCGCUGAAGCACUUGCCAAAAGACGCUAUUACCAUUGAAAUUGCUCCUCAUGGGCUUCUGCAAGCUAUACUGAGACGCACACUAAGCUUGGAGUGCACUAACAUUGCUCUGACCCAACGUGGUGCUGAAAACGGGCUUGAUGUUUUGUACAAUGCAUUUGGAAGAAUGUUUGUGGCCGGCUUGCAGCCCAAGGUGAACAAACUGAUGCCACCUGUGAUGUUCCCAGUCAGCAGAGGAACGCCGAUGAUCUCACCUUUAGUUAGGUGGCAACACAGUGAAGAUUGGCACGUUGCUAUUUAUAAAAAUGAGAGCAAACUUGAAACUGGUGAGAGAACCAUUGGUGUGGACUUGCAAGAAGAGGACAACACAUUUUUGACGGGGCACACAAUUGACGGUAGAAUUCUUUUCCCUGCGACAGGAUAUUUGUUCCUUGCCUGGGAGACGUAUGCCUUGAUGAGCAACAAAAUGAUCACUGAUGUGCCGGUUGUGUUUGAAAACGUCAAAUUUUUGCGAGCAACUAAUAUUCCCAGGGAUGGCGCAGUUAGUCUGACAAUUAUGGUGACCAAAGGAACAGGCACGUUUGAAGUGGUUGAAAGCGGGAGCACCGUUGUCACGGGCAGACUCUACCAACCUGAGAAUAUCGCCAAGGAAAUAUUGGACCUUCCGAACCCGAAUUACGAAGAUACUCCUCUUACUCCACCACCUUUGACUCCAAAUGACGUUUACAAAGAAUUGCGAUUGAGAGGAUACAACUAUGGCGGAAUUUUCAAAGGAAUUAAACACGUUCACAGUUCCGGCGAAUACGGUGUUCUGAAAUGGGACGACAACUGGGUCGCGUUUAUGGACACACUCCUGCAGGUGGAAAUUUUGCAGCUCGACUCCAGGUCAUUGUACGUGCCGACAUCGAUUCAAAAAUUGACCAUUGAUCCAAAAAGACAUCUCAACAUGAUCCAAGAAAACAUUACGAGCGAAAUUAAAGAAUUCCCGUUCGCCGUGUACAAGAAGCACGAGGUGCUUCAGUCUGGAGGUGUGGAAGUGAGAGGAUUGCAAGCCAGUGUGAUCGCCAGGCGAAAGCCCAUGGCGGAUCCUCUUUUGGAAACGUACGAAGUUAUUCCUUAUCGUCCAUUAAACGUCCUCAGCGACUCUUCUGCGCUGAGAAUUUGCACGCACAUCGCUCUGGAAAACACCAUGGGCACCAACAAAUACAAGGUCGUCGAGUGGAUUCCACCGAUUGAGGCAAAUCCAAACACUCUCAUCAGCUUAAAGAUGCCGCUCAUUUUCGGGGACCUUCCAGUCAUGAGCGCGGAUAUUGUGCUUUGCGGAGCUGGCGCAAUAAUGACGGAAACGCUGACAGAGGGCAACUUGCUGGUUGGAGUCACUCUGGACGACCGAAAAACCAUAAAUCGUGAUUCGGCAGCCCAUAUCAUGACCUGCGGAGAGGGUACAACUCUGCUUGCACUCCCUGAAGUGCUAAAUGAUGCCGUGGCGGCCACUUUGCCUAGAGGUUUCAUUCUCUUGCAGCUCAGAAAGGGCACCGAGAGAAGCGCUGAGCAGAAAUUAGAGGGACUCGGCUGCACCAUUGUUUCUGUGAUACCAUUUAACGACGAAGACAAUGAGGAAGAAGAGGAAGGCGUGUUUAUGCUUGCCAGAAAGAUGGACAGCGCACAAGCCAAUGAUGUAAAGGACAUGGUGAUUAAGAUACCGGAGGUGGACGCUGAUCUUAAAUUUGGUUGGGUCGCGGAAAUUCAAGAAGCCCUAAAAAUGGAGCCUCUUCCAAAUAGGAUUUAUCUCGUUUCUCAAAACGCCCCACAAUCUGGCAUAAUGGGGCUGGUUAACUGCCUUGCUCGAGAAACUCAAGGGGAUAUAAUUAGGUGCGUGUUCAUUCAGGACCCCUCAGCCCCGCCGUUCUCUCCGCAGGAUCCUCUGUACGCUAGCCAGCUGCGCAGUGACUUGUUGAUUAACAUUUUGGCUGCGGACGGACAAGGCUGGAGCAGCUACAGGCACUUGCCACUCGAGUGCGAAACUGCAAAAGUCACUCACGCAUACGUCAACGUGCUGACGCGUGGUGAUCUGUCCAGCUUCAAAUGGCUCCAGGGCCCGCUGAAUGACCUCAAGCAAAACUUUGGAGAUAAAAACCUCUACCACAUUUACUUUUCGGCACUGAACUUCAGAGAUGUAAUGACUGCGACAGGAAAACUGGCUGUUGAGGUCAUUGCUCCCGACCGCCGCAGUCAAGACUGCGUCCAGGGAUUAGAAUUUUCGGGACGCGACGCAGAAGGCAGAAGAGUGAUGGGAUUGGUUAACAGCGGAGCACUGGCCAACUUGGUUCUUGCUGACCCCUUGCUGGUGUGGGACGUGCCUCCGAGUUGGACCUUGGAAGAGGCAGCCACAGUUCCUGCGGUUUACUGCACAGUCUACUACGCUCUUGUGGUGCGUGGGCGCAUGCGAGCAGGCGAGACCUUGCUGGUCCAUGCCGGUAGUGGCGGCGUCGGCCAAGCAGCCAUAAAUGUCGCCCUGCACAUGGGCUGCGACGUCUUUGUGACCGUCGGCACCCCUGAAAAGAUAGAGUUCAUUAGGAGCCAGUUCCCCCAAAUCCCCGAGGCCAAUAUCGGCAACUCUCGUGAUACCAGCUUUGAGCAAAUGAUCAUGGAGCGCACAGAAGGAAAAGGUGUCGAUCUCGUCCUGAACUCGCUGGCUGGGGACAAACUGCAAGCUUCGCUUCGGUGUCUUGCGAUGCACGGAAGAUUCCUUGAAAUCGGAAAGGUCGACAUGGCUGCGGAUUCGCCACUUGGCAUGCAUUGUUUCUUGAAAGACAUCAGCGUUCACGGAGUUUUGCUCGACUCGAUUAUCGAGGGAACACUUUACGAGAAGAAAAGGCUGCGGGAAAUGUUCGCCCACGGCAUGCGAAGUGGAGCCAUCAAGCCCCUCGCGAGACAAGUUUUCGGACCCAAUCAAGUCGAAAAGGCAUUCCGAUUCAUGGCAGCCGGGAAACACAUUGGAAAAGUUUUGCUGUGCAUCAGAGAAGAAGAGGUUGAUGCGAACGACAAAAGUCUCGUGGUUAGACCAAAGUCACAAACGGUCGAAGCAAUUCCGAGAUUUUUCUGCGACCCAGUGAAGUCUUAUGUAAUUAUUGGAGGACUUGGUGGCUUCGGGCUGGAGCUCGCGGACUGGCUGGUCAUUCGUGGCGCCAAAAAGCUGAUACUUAGCUCAAGAUCUGGCGUGCGCACUGGCUAUCAAGCGUGGAGAAUCAGGCUAUGGGAAAGCUACGGUGUCGAGAUCGUAAUUUCGAGAGCGGAGGUAACGUGUGAGCAAGGCUGCAUAAAUCUUGUGCAACAAGCGCUGAACAUGGGACCGGUUGCAGCGAUUUUCAACCUGGCUGUUGUUCUCCGAGAUGGCAUUUUCGAAAACCAGAAUGAAGAGAAUUUCGCCGUGUCCUACCUGCCUAAAGCGACGACAACAAAGAUCCUGGACAAAGUUACCCGCAAAAUGUGCCCGAAGCUGGAGCAUUUCGUUGUUUUUUCGAGUGUCAGUUGUGGCAGAGGCAAUGCUGGACAAACGAACUACGGCCUUUCAAAUUCCGUGAUGGAGAGACUGUGCGAGCAGCGGCGAUCAGAGGGAUUCCCUGCUCUUGCCGUUCAGUGGGGGGCAAUAGGCGAUGUCGGCUUGGUCGCCGAGAGUAUGACUGAAAAUAAGGACAGCGAGGCACCAGUGGCUGAAUUGGUCAUUGGAGGAACCAUCCAGCAGCGAAUCACAAGCUGUCUUUCAGUACUAGACACUUUCAUGUGUCUUCCUCAGGACGACACGCAGUCAGCUGUGGUUGGAUCCAUGGUGGUGGCUGAAAAAUCCAAAAAGACAGUGGUUGCUGGCUCAGUUGUAGACACCGUUGGAAAUAUUUUGGGACUGAAGGAUUUGAAAACCGUGUCACUUCACUCUACGUUGGCUGAGCUUGGAAUGGAUUCGAUGAUGGCAGUCGAAAUCAAACAAACUCUAGAACGAGAGUUCGAAAUGUUCCUAUCUGCUCAGGACAUAAGAGGACUGACGUUCGCAAGGCUGACGGAACUGGCACACAGUUUGCAAGAAGAGCAUAGAAAUAAAAAAGAAGGAAAAGAAGAUGAUAACUUGUGGAUGAUAGGAGGACUGCAGCACUUGCUGAGUGUGGUUGGUGAACCUGAAAAGGCACGGCAGUCUGCGGUUCCACUGUCUUCAGAAGUCGAAAUCACCGACCAAAGACCUCUUUUCAUGAUUCCCGGCGUUGAGGGUCUCGCCUGGGUAAUGGAGCCUUUGGCUAAACAAAUCAAUCGUCCCGUCGUUUGCUUGCAAUUGCCUUUAGAUGCUAAGAGCCACAACAUCUCCGAUCUCGCUGAUGUACUUUUAGAGCGCCUGCAAAAAGUCCAGAAAAAUGGACCAUACCACUUGGUCGGUUACUCUUACGGCACCAUUCCUUUGAUGGAACUGGUUUUGAAGCUGGAAGACCAAGGUCACGAGGUAAAAGUCGUGCUGGUCGAUGGAUCGCUGGCUUCACUUCAGGGAAUCGCACGAACUGGCGUGUCUGGUGCCAGCACCGCCGAAUGGGAGUCGAACUUCCUCGAAAAGCUGAUGGUCAUAGUUGGAAUCACCGAUGCUACCAAGGUGGCGGCUGAACUAGUCAAACUUCCCGACUGGACUGCAAGACUGGCGGCCACGGCUGCUCAUUUCCCCGACGCGACCCAGCGGGACUUCCACGCGCUCUGCGUCGACGCUGUUCAGAAACGAUGCACGAACCUGCUGAGAUACUCGUGGCCUGAAGGGCGAAAGGUCAAGAGUUCCGUCACCUUGAUAAGAACGGUAACCCGUUUUGUUGGGGCUGAUGAGGACUAUGGGCUCUCAGAGCUGUGCGAUUCAACCGUCACUGUUCACGAGGUGGAAGGAACGCACAUUGGAAUCGUCCACAACCAGAGGACUGCAGAAAUUAUUAACACCGAGGCAUUCAACUGAGAGCUUUGGUGUAAAUAUUUUGCGAAGAAACGACGUGCCAUUUUUUGCGCUGUUUUGUAUUUUAUUGCGGAAGUCUGAAUUUAAGAAACGUAUUUAGAACUUAUAAUUUGUGUUACAUAGAGUUCAACCGGCGACAUAUUUACUCGUCUAUUUGUCGAGUUAUUUAUUUUCCGGUAUUUUUGUUUUUGAGCAAUAAGAAUUUUCUACUUUUUUUUGUUUCGACAGAGUUGCAAAUCGACAAAUAAAGUUUUCCCGCGAGCACUACUUUAUUUGUCGAUUUGCGAUCACAGCUAGCUGAGCUCGACUUUGUUUAAUUUAUACUGUAAAUAGCAGUCGAGGAACUAGAAAUAAAAUUGCCCGCAUAGGGCUCAUUUUAUUUAUAA